AUGGCAGACGACGUCCGACAGCGAAUUGUAACAUCCCUUUUCUCAAAACGUGGCACAUCUGGUGCUCUAGAAGAGCAAUACAUCUCCCAUGUCAAGAUUCUUGAAGACGCGAUACCGGGAAACGACGAUGGCGGCAAGAAGGCACGCUAUAUCCUGCUUUCGUUGUCCCUCCGCGGGCCAGCACUUAUCCACAAGUCACGUGAGAAUCCCAAUGGUUCAUUCUCGAUCGGGAAGACUUGGGAAUUGAAGGACUUGACGGCGCUCGAGGUGCACGGUAGGACACCAGGGUUCGAUAUUACGUUUGCUCGGAGGUAUAAAUGGCAGACGGAGAGUUGGGAAGACCAAGAGGCGUUCCUCAUCGCGACUGUGAGGCUUUAUAGGCGCAUCAUGGGCGGACAAUCGCCUCAGUUGAUCGGAUGGCAGAUGCCGGAUGGUCCAGGGAGCUCUGUUGCCUCAUCUGGAUCGAAUUCAGCUACAGCCUAUGAUGGACAACGGUCCGGUUCUCCCAAUCCAAUGGUAUAUGGACGGCAACCCAACUCUGCUAUGAGGUCACCAUCUCCUGCUGGACGACCAGGAGGUUUGCGCGCGCCAACACCUGGAAACGCUUCUUACGACCAACCUUCUCCGACCAGCGGACGUCCGAGAGUGGAUGGAAGACAGAGUCCCUCACCAUCACCAAGAUCACCUUACCAAAACCCUGCCUCUGCGGAACCAAGGGAGCGCGCGUAUCCGUUACGAACUCCCAACAAACGCGAAAUCUCGCCUGCGCCUCAACGAGAACCGCAGAGGGAACCACCUCAACAACAACAAGGUCGAUCGGGCAAACGCCCUCCGGAGCUUGAGCGGCCUUCGUACGAGAGAGAGCGUUCGCGAGACCCUGGUCUGCCGCCUACACCACGAAGGGCCCAAGCACCGCGGUCCGACCGUGCACCUUCUCCAGGUCCUACCCAGCAACAGCAGCAACAAGCGAGAUUCCCAGCAUCUCGUUCGGAUCGCGCGCCAUCCCCACAGCCACCCCAAGAUGCGUUUUAUCGAAACGGAGCCACACAGAGCCCAGUUCGCUCACGUGCAGGAUCACGUCCUGAUCGUGCACCAUCUCCAAAGGCUUCAUCACAGCCUGAAGUUCCAUAUAUACCACCCCCGGCGGCACCUAGACGAGGGGAGCGGGGCGAAAGAUCCCGAGGCCCGUCUCCUGCACCUUCGUCCGAUACAGCGCGUCAGCGGACUGGCUCUCGACCGGAGAGAGUACCUUCGCCUACUCCACCUUCGCCACGACGACCAAAGGCGGAUAAUAGGUCAGAUAGAGCGCCUUCGCCCGUCCCACCACCGCCUGCACCAGAAGUACGACAACGACCGCGCGGUAAUUCACGAGCGGAAAGAGAACCGCCUGAACCGUCGGUUACUCCGCGACAGCGGGCAGGCGCGCUUCCCCCUGCAAACUCUAUAUCCUCGUCUGGACGUGGUGCUGGCGCGCCCGUGGCGGUACCUACCCCUCCGAAACAGUCGUUUGAAAUAUCCGAUGUUCGUGAACGUCCACCACUUCCGGUUGCUCUGGGGCAAGGAACGAAGAAGGAUCCGUAUGCACGUAUCUCAUUCUAUGACCCAGCAAAUCAGGCGACGGUGGAUCGGUUGUUGAGUAUUGAGGAUAGAGGCGUUGGAGAGGAAGAGUCAAAUGAAGCGACGAUGGCGAACAUUGAAGAGAUGCUGGACGGCUAUGAGUGGGCUUCGGCUGGGUCUACUGGUAGCUGGGACGAUCCAAAAGGAGCCGCAGAUCAAAUCGAGGCAAGGUUGCUCAAGGAGCUUAGUGCUCUUGACGCGGCGAACAUGUACUCGUUUGUCGAAUCGGACACUCGUGUAGCGACAGUGCUCAGCUAUAUCGAUGAGGCUCUUAAAGAGUUAGAUGAAAUGGACGGCGCUGUAACGUCUUACAAGAUUCAUCUCAAUGCCGUCAAUGACGACAUUUCGUAUAUCCAAUCGCAAAACCGAGGUCUACAGGUGCAAACGCAGAACCAAAGGGCUCUCUUGAAAGAACUGGAGGACCUAUUGCAAACUGUCCAUGUGGACCGCGAAGCUCUGCUCAUGCUCACUAAUCAAUCGCUGGAGAAGCGAAGCGGUCUGGAAAAACUCGAAGAGGCAGCAACCGAGCUGUACAAGGCUCUGCAAGCUGGAAAGGAUACCGAUAUGGCCGCCACAAUGCAACGGCUCGAUGAAUAUCGCACAUACAAUCAACAGUUCUGCCAAAGGAUACUCGAUUUCCUGCCGAUGAUGAUUUCGUAUCAGUCCGACCUUGUGCUCAAAGGGAAAUCCAAAGAACAGAAACAGGAUCCCCUUGUUAUGGCGUCUCAUGCUCCGAUGGAGGACCAUCUAAUGUCUUACUCGGGUUUGAUUCGUUACAUGAAGGAGAUGGACGAGACACGAUACGUCAAGCUCUGCGGGGCAUACUUUGGUGCAGCUGGUCAGCUUUACAAGGACCAGGUUAAGUUGUUACUGGAUGCCUACCUUGGCCAAGUUAAGCGAGCUACAGAUGAAGAAUCAGAUAUGAACUUUGCGCCCGUGAGCUCCGGCUCGGCGUUGUCUCGUGGCGCAACUAUGCGGCGCGCUGGAACGAUUGUCCGAUCACCACUUGACAGAGGCCAGCGUGACAAGGAUAAAGAUAAGGAGAAGAGGGGUGACCUUCGUGGAUAUGAGGCAUUCGGACGGAUUCUCGACCAGAUAUGCCCCUUUACCUAUCGCGAAGAGGAAUUCUUGUCAAACUUCCUCCAAAUCAACGAUACGGGCGACACAUUUGCGGACUAUAUGAAUCUCGAUAGUUACUUCCGUCGACAAGCAGCCCGUUGGGUUGGCCUGUCGAGGGAGACACAAAAAUUGCUUCGUGGCGCCAUGGAUCUAAUCUUCAGUUUCCUCCCGGAGGGUAUGAAGAAAUGGAUCGACGAUGUUCUUGAGCUAGACAAACUGCAAAUGAUUGGCAUCACUGCACAUUUGGAGCGAUACAAGGGAGAUGCAGAGGAACGAGGCAAUACAUUCCUAGCAAAGCUUUUACAGAGGCAACAGCAAAAGAUGGUCUCAUAUCAUGCCCGUCACCUGGACGAGUUGAUCAAGUCCAUCGAAGCGACUAAACUGUCAUCAAAGAAACGUAGAGGCGUUGUUCAUUACAUUCGCUACUUCCCAAUCUUUGUCAACCGUGUGGAAAGCCAGCUCGCUGGCGCUGAUUCGUUUGAGAUUCGCACCUUGGUGGACACUUCCUAUGAGAAACUGGUCAAUGCCAUGUUCGAUUCGUUGCAACAGAUGGCCAAGCUAGAGGGAGAAGGCGAGGAUAAAGGACAGUUAAAUUAUCACAUAAUCUUGAUCGAGAAUAUGCAUUCUUUCAUCAACGACCUUAGCCAACAGAGCCUCGGUUCCAUAGCCGGAUUUACAAGACGAGCUGAAGUCAUCUACGACGAAAAUCUGUCGGCUUACGUCCGCUUGGUUCUUCGAAGACCGUUUCAAAAGCUUAUGGACUUUGUUGACGGUGCAGAGAAGCUGUUGAAAACAAUGUCGCCGACAGAUGUCGGCUCCAACUCGAGUUACAACAAGUCGCAGCUCAAAAAGUUGAUCAAGGAUCACACUAGCAAGGACAUCAAGCGGCAGAUUGAUGGCAUGUUUAAACGAGUAGAGAAGCACUUUGCAGAAGGCGAGGAUAACGCUGGGAAUGCUGCAAGCGUUGCCGUCUUGCCUGGUACGGUCAUCUAUGUGGUUUGGAAGGCGUGUGAAGACGAGAUGGUGAGCUUGACGGAGCGGUUCUUCAAGUUUAUCGCGACGUGCCACAAGGAGAUGAAUGCAGAGUACUCUGUUGCGGAUGUCGAGUCUGGAUUCAAGAAGCACAGAACUUAG